AUAAGCACGCCGCCUAUCCGCAGCGGUAAGGCAGAGCUGGGCCCGCUUGCAGAGCAUUCGAAGCUCAGUCGCAGCGCGGAAUUCAUUCAGCUACGGAAGACCCGCAAUACUACUGUUCCGGAAAAUAUCGUUUGGUGCGUUUCGCAGGCUCUGCCGACAUGUCUGUUUUCAGGCACCGGCAUCUGUACACGUUUCACAAUUUCUGGGACUUUAACAAAGACGGAAUAUUGACAUGGGACGACUUCAACAUUAUUGCCGAGUACUACACCAAGUUGCAGCGCCACGGCAAGCUCGAAAAGGAGGUCUACGAAAGGUGGAAGUCGAUUCUCGAACGAUGGUGGAACGAACUGACGGAGCACGCAGACUUUAACAAAGACCGUAUCGUGGAAUUCGACGAAUGGCUCAAGUUUUUCACUAAUCUUGGAAAAAGCACCAAGAGCGUCAAAGACCUGCCGGACUUUUUGCAGAAAUACCUGCAUUUGUUUUUCCUCAUCAUGGACUCGAACAAGGACGGCCUAGUAUGUGCCAAGGACUACAAGAAGUACCUCAAAACUCACAAUCUCGACAUAGGCAGAGCGGAUGAGUGCUUCAAGGAAAUGCUCAAUGAGGAAGAUGCUGAGAACGGAAACGCCAUGACGUCGGAUCGUUUUACGGCCACCGUCUACGAAUGCUGGGUAUCGCAAGACAACAACUGCAAAGGGAAAUACAUAUGCGGACCCUACGACUCAAUACCCAUGGAAGAGCUCGAAAAGAAGAACAAGAAGCGACCAGUCUGAACACUGCCGUACUUCUUACUAUUAUUAUUUUGCACAAGUUCUGCCUCGCUAGCCAAAUGCUUCUUCGCACGACCACUCUCGCAGUGGCUUCACUUUCUCGCACCGAGGGGCACCUCUUUUUAAGCAGCACACUUUAUCAAGUACGACUGCGAAAUAAUCAAAUAAAAAAGCUUCCACGACUGCUCACAGUGGCCGAAGGCUACUGUGCUUGCACGAGUACAACGAAUCCUCCCAAUUA